UCUGACGGACGGACGGUUAAAACACUAUUUCUGACUCCGCAUACUUUAUUAUUUGAAGUGUUUUUACUUUUGGUGGUAAUAAGACUUGUAGUGGUAUCGGUGACUUGCCGUUUGUCAAAAGAGUAGAAUUUUCCACCAAAGAAUCGAAAUAUUUUUAACGUAAAAUGCAAAGUGCAGCAGAUAUAAUAUCGUCACUGUUAUGGUUUAAAGAGGAUUCCUGCCCCGAAGAUGACAAGGAUUCACAGAAUAUUAUUGAGCAAUUUGUGCAGAAUGUAGAUGACUUUAGUUCCCAGUAUGGCAGCGAAAUAAGUGUGUCGUACACUGCAUUCAACUUGCGUGGCCCGCCUUCUAAUUUCCCAGAUUAUGGAGAUUAUCCUCAGGCCUUUGUUAUGAGGACAUAUGGUACCUGGUGGGAUGAGGCACCUUCAGUUCAGAAAGAAUACAUGCCUCAGAAUAGCAGCGCUAUACCAAGUCAUGAUUUUGUAGAGGUGGCAUUCGAGAGAGCAGUUUACCCAUUAGAGGUUGCAGUAUUUGAAACAUAUAAUCCUGGCGCCCUAAUCAGAAUUUGGGCUUUUGGACCAACAUCAUGGAUUCUGCUGUGGGAAGGAGAACCAGAGUACCCUGGUGAUACACCUAGGAUAUUUAGCCCAACUAUUAGACAAAUUAAUUUCCCUACAAGGAUAUUGAGGCUUGAAUUCAACCAUAGACUGCUGCCAUAUUACACAGAACUAGAUGCGGUCCUUUUAAGAGGAAGAGUACCGGCGAAUUUGGCAAAUAUUAAGAAUAACUUUGCAUAUACAAGUUUGUUCUUCAAGAAGAAAUCCCCACCGGUAGUUGAAAAAGGAAUGCUACUUAACAAAGUGUUGGCUUCAAACCUCCAUGAGAAACUUGGCAACCCUGCCAUAUUGAUGCAAGCAGAUAACCUUGACACUGGACCUCCACUGGGUGAUUUUCAACGAUUGCCGGACGAAACAAUACUAUCGGUGAUGAAAUUCCUGGACAUGCAAUCUUUAUGUCGCUGCGCACAAGUAAACCGACACUUCAGAAGGUUGGCUUCGGAUGCUAUACUCUACAGAAGUAUUGAUCUCAGACCCUAUUGGCAUUGCGUAAAGUCGCAGGUGCUAGUAACCUUGUCAGUGCGAUGCAAAUUUCUACAAAAAUUGGAUCUGUCUUGGUGCGGUAGCCAUUGCAUGAUUCAACCGCAGUAUGUAGUCAAUUUUCUAAAGGACAGUGGCGCUGAAUUAACACACUUAAGAAUGAACUGCUGCAAAUUUGUCGACAAUUUUGUGCUAAGAGCCAUAGUUGACACCUCUUCUAAUUUACAAGAGCUAUGUCUUCGCUCCGUAGUAAGCUGCACCGAGUGGUCCUGUAUAGCAUCUCUUACGAAACUAAAACGGCUUGAUUUGUAUAGAACUCAUAUUACUACAUCUGCAGCUGUUGCCAUCGUAUGGUCCAACCCUGGAUUACAGCAUCUUAAUGUUGGCUCCUGCAAAAUGAUAUCGGCAAUGGAUGAAGUUGCUUUAGCAUUAGGCGCAAAUUGUCCAGAUCUGAUGUCAGUUGACUUCUGGAAGUCGUAUUCCUUGACCGCCGUGGGCAUUAGAGCUUUGGGCAGUUGCAGGAACCUGCAGGAGCUAGACGUUGGAUGGUGUCUGCAAGCGGGCGGAUCUGGGGAAUGGCUCGCUUCGCUAUCUGGGGGUGAAAUACGCAAGUUGUUCUUGGGCGCAUUACGUGGAGUAUGCGAUAGAGAUUUGCGCAUUCUAUUACCGAAGAUACCAAAGUUGGCGCAACUCGACCUGCUUGGAGUUAGGGCUGUGACAUCUGACAUAUGCUCUGACAUACUGGCAGAAUGUCGAGAGCUGAGACUUCUGGACGUCAGUUUCUGCGAUCAGAUACAAGAAUCUCAGGUACUGGAAUGGCGAAAACAAUAUCCCCAUGUUAGUAUCAAGAGAUCCUUCCAAGCGGCUAACCUGAAUGCUGCACCGUACGCUUUGUUUCUAGCACCGAGCUUUGGAUAAAUCUUCUCUUUCUAAAAUUUAUCGAUUUAUCCUUUUACUAAGUAACUAUAAAGCUAGGUCCACUUAUUGUGUCUAACCUGCGUCAUUACAUGAUUUUUUUUCCUACAACCAAUCACAAGGCACGCUUAACUCAGCGCCUCUCGCUAUUGGCUGUAAGUUUUUAAAGAGCUGGACGCCUGAUUUAACCUUACCUUAUGUUCUUUCCGUAUAAGUUUCCGUAACACUAAGUAACUUCGCUUCGUCUUCGUGAGAAGAGUUUGUGUUUGUACGUGCAUUUAUUAAGUGUGCGAAUGCUCGCGAUUUUAUUGUACGAUGUACGCUACUCAGUUUUAUAGUGACUACUACAGAUAUAAUCGAAGAGAAUAUCUUUAUUUGCAAAUACCCGUUUUCAAGCUGUAAUAUAUUUAAAAAAAUGGUUACACUGUUUUGCCACACAUGGCGUUCCUAUAAAAUCACGCGAAGGAUUUUAUAGGAAACAAUAAUUGAAUAAUAUUCUAGUUACUCUAUCAAAAAUAAUAGGUGAAUACAUAGCGUUACGAACUGAUAUACAGUCACUACUAACAGACAGACUUGGCGUUUUAAAAGGCCUUAUAAAUUAGGCCUAUUUGAAAUAAAUAAAUAAAUUGAUUGAUAACACAUAAAUAAAUGUACUUGACUAUAAAUUAACUUAAUACUCAAUGCGAGAAAGAGAGACUACUAAUACUCUCCUUUAAUAAAAAACAAUAAUAUUUUAAUUUCAAUCCUGUUUCUCCAUAUCAUUGACUGCAUCACAAAUUAGCGAUAGUAGAGAAGGGUUUCUUGUUAUCUUUCGAUAAUUUUUUAAUUGUAAAAUAAAAAAGAAUAAUUACAAAAAAAAACUGAAUCUUUUCCAAAAUAAGCUUUAAAUAAUAUUAGUUUAAAAAAACAAAAAACGAAAGAAGAUAAAAAAAGGCUAAGAAGUCAAUUGUAAUUGAUAUCCCAAAAAAAAAGGUUUGUAUUGUUGAAAGAUAUUAGAUAUUAUUUGAGGAUGCAAGCGAUCUCGUCAUUGGUUCUCCUAGGUAUACCGGGCUGUGCGUUCAGGAACUGUAUCUGUGGUGCAAGCUGUGCCUUAACCAAAUUUCAGUUCAAUCGAAUAACUUACAUAACAGCGAUACCGGAACAAUGGGGAAGACAACUGUCAAUUAGUUCCGCCUAGAGGGCGCUAAAUGUUUCCCUAAAAUUUGUUACUCUUACAUUUUUUGUUACUCUUUUUAUUUGUAACACAGUGGAUCGUUUUGUAUAUAGCAAAUUUUUUUGCGUUCCUUUUUGUUUUUUUAAUCGCAUGAAAAAAAUACUUACUCCACAUAAUGUCACAUUCGAAUUUCGAAUAACUUUACCACGCUAGCGGAUAAAAAAAAAGUUUGCGCUCGGAUUAUUAGAAUAAGCCUUUUAAAUCUAGUGAGGCGAAAAAAAUUGUUUUAUAAUAGUCGGUAUGGAUAUUCAGCUAUCUGCCGAUGAUUUUUAGUUCUCUGCCUAGAGGCUAGGUGGGUCAUUAUGUCCAACGUAAAAUAAAACGUAAUAAAGGGUAACAAGAGAAAAAUUCUAAUGAUUAUCCGCGAAGCAUCAAAUUGGGUUUCCCAUGUCUCUAAGCAUUGGAAUAUGAAUCUUGUGAAACUUGCCAAUUUAAAGGAGAGAUUUGUGUGCAUUGCCACUUUUCUUUAACUGGGCGCUUAGUACCCGUGCCGUCUAUAAUUUGUAUAAUUAGGACAUUCCUAUGUAAAGAGCCUAUGUAUUGUGAUUUUUGGAAUAUUUAUAUAUCUAUACAUUUAGUAGAUUGUAGUUACACAUAUUAUUAUAUAAGAAGACUGAAAAAUGUAUUAAUCCUGGAUCAUAUUUAUCAGCAUCGAUUCGCAAUUAGCCGGAGGGUUCUAUACACACUUAUUCGAAUCUUGCGUAAAAUUCCGACGGCUAUCACAUGCUUUCAGCUGCUAUGGUAAGUAUACCAUAGCAAGUGAAGAGUACGUAAAUACAUACGAAGUAGAUAAGCAUAUACGAUAUACUAUCGUAUAUACUUAUCAACUGAAACUCUUCACUUACCCAUAACUUCCGUUUAUCUUGAUUUGUCUAUCCGUACAGAAACGGAAAUCUGAUAGUAAUGAAUGGUAAUUUAGUGACAAAAAGUAUUAAUGUAAAGAAAAUCAUCAUCAUCAAAUCACAUCAACCCAUUACCGGCCCAC